AUGUCCUUUACCUCUGGGACCCAAAGUGAUGGGAAAUCCCAAAUGUUUUACAGUUGCCUCCAGUUCAUUAGAUAUCGUAAAAUAGGGCCACCUGUUUCUGAUACAGAUGUCAAAGAUAUUACUGCAGAGGAGUUUAUCACAAAGGAUGAACAAGGAAUGAGUAAAGAGGACCGCCUGCGGAGGGUUCUGGCAGAGGUAGUACCGUCUCAUCUGGAUAACGUUCAGUUCUUCAGCCUGUACAGUGAGGGGAGAGUGACGGAGCUCAGGGUGGCCGUUCGGGACUCUGCUUCUUACCAUAAAGCAGACAAGUUGCGAAACGUGGUCAUCAAACACAAGGAAAAGAUCCAGGCAGCUGUUCAGACAGAAGUAUUCCCGGGGGACAGAGACUUCUGCCUACGUACCGUCUGCUUGAGGAAUGCGGGGUGCCAUGACCACAGCGCUGUCAGAGACUUCCUGAAUCUGGUGGAUGGGGGCAGCGUGUGCUUCGUGUCUGUCAUCCACGACCUGGCCACAGCGUGCAGGUGUCCACCGUCUGGACGGGCUCGGCCUUCAUGUUCCUCUCUACCGUGGAACCCCUGUCUACAUGGUGGCACCUGUGUAGACACUGCUAGUGGAUACAGGUGCCAGUGCCUGACGCAGUUCCGUGGACCACUCUGUCAGCUGACCCUCCGCAGCUUCCAUGGCAAUGGAUACACUUGGUUCCCUCCAAUCAAAUUUUGCUCUGAGGUCCGUCUGUCUCUGGAGUUCAUCAGUGACCAAUCGGAUGGGACGUUAUUGUACCACGGACCUGUGUCCAACCAGGACGCAGAGGAUUCCUUGUCUCUUGAUAUCACACAGGGUGUACUAAGGUUGAUGAUCAGACAAGCUGGCGGCACCCAGUUACAGCUCCAGUUACCAGAGAGUGUGAACGUGACCGACAACAGCUGGCAUCGACUAGACAUCAAGCUAAGGAACAAGGCAGCGACGUUGACCCUGGACCAUUGUAGUUCAGCUAUCAUUUCCGAGAAGGAGGGAGUCGGCAAGAGGUUUUUAUCGGAGAACCGGGCAAUGUGCGAAGCCCAAGGACAGAUGAUGCAAGAAUGGAGACUUUGGAAUCCGCACCAUGUUCUGCAGCUGGGCGGGAUUAAGGCGUCUCCUUCUCAUCCACACCUACCAGCGGGCCAUUUUAAAGGAUGUCUACGUAACCUUAUCAUCAAUAAGCAGGUGAGUGAGGUAGUGCUGAAAACCAUCCUUUGA